UUUAAUCACAUUUUCACUCAACUCACAUUGCGUCAUCUAUAACAAAACCCUUCAAUCCAAAUUCCGAACCCUAUAUAAAUUGAUCCUAACUUUAAACCCAUUACCUAAAUCUCGCUCAAUUCUGCAAAAAAAAAAAAUGGAGAAAAUUCUUUCAUUUUCAUGUCUAUUAAGUAUUCUAAUUGUCUUAGCUGCAGCCGCUCCACUAUGUUCAGCGAAUUUAGAUGAAACCGAUGAUCUUAGACUACCUUCAGAUGCUAGUUUCCCAUCAAUUCAUGCAGAGAAAUUAAUCAGACAACUUAAUCUUUUCCCUAAAGAUGCUGAAGCUGUCGCGAAAGAAGAUGAAUUUGAGCCCAAGAAGAUUGUUGAGAAGCGGUUUAUGUUUCCAAAUGUAGCUGAUUCUGGUGUUUCUGUUCAGGAUCUUGGGCAUCAUGCUGGGUAUUAUAAGCUUCAGCAUUCUCAUGCUGCUAGGAUGUUCUACUUCUUUUUCGAGUCACGGAGCAACAAGAAUGAUCCUGUUGUUAUAUGGUUAACUGGAGGACCAGGGUGCAGUAGUGAAUUGGCUGUUUUUUAUGAGAAUGGACCAUUCACCAUUGCAAAGAACUUGUCUCUUGUGUGGAAUGAGUAUGGUUGGGACAAGGUAUCAAACCUUUUGUAUGUUGACCAGCCUACUGGAACCGGAUUUAGUUAUAGUUCUGAUAGCCGUGACCUCCGUCACAACGAAGAGGGUGUGAGCAAUGAUCUAUAUGACUUCUUACAGGCCUUCUUUGCCGAGCAUCCUCAGUAUGCAAAGAAUGAUUUUUACAUCACUGGUGAAUCAUAUGCUGGACACUACAUUCCGGCUUUUGCUGCUCGUGUUCACCAAGGAAACAAAGCUAAAGAAGGACUCCACAUAAACCUUAAGGGGUUUGCUAUUGGUAAUGGUCUCACUGACCCUGCAAUUCAAUACAAAGCCUAUACUGAUUUUGCACUGGACAAUGGACUAAUCAAGCAAUCCGACUACAAUAGCAUCAACCGGAUGCUUCCUGCCUGUGAAUUAGCAAUAAAGCUUUGUGGUGGUGGGGCCGGUGGUCAAGUUGCUUGUAUGACUUCAUACGUUGUAUGCACUGGCAUAUUUAACAAGAUAAUGAGUCAUGCCGGAGAUAGAAAUUACUACGAUAUUAGAAAGAAGUGUGAGGGAAGCCUCUGCUAUGAUUUCUCAAACAUGGAAAAAUUCCUCAACCAAAAGUCUAUUAGGAGUGCCCUUGGUGUUGGGGACAUAGAGUUCGUCUCUUGUAGUCCUACCGUAUACCAGGCAAUGCUGAUGGAUUGGAUGAGGAAUCUUGAAGUAGGUAUUCCUGGUCUACUUGAGGAUGGAAUUAAGGUGCUCAUAUACGCUGGGGAGUAUGAUCUUAUCUGUAACUGGCUCGGGAACUCAAGGUGGGUGCAUGCCAUGAAAUGGUCCGGCCAGCAAAAAUUUGUUGGUGCCUCCACUGUUCCAUUUAAGGUGGAUGGUGCCGAAAAAGGACAAUUGAAAAGCAGUGGUCCUCUUAGUUUCCUCAAGGUCCAUGAUGCUGGUCAUAUGGUCCCCAUGGAUCAACCUAAGGCUGCUUUAGAGAUGCUGAGAAGAUGGACUCAUGGAAAAUUGUCUGAAGAAGUUGAGAUCGAUGAUGGAGUGGCAGCAGAUCUAUAUGUACCAGCAAGUGCAUUCUCCAUCUGAAUGUCAAUCUUAUAUGUAGCGUCAUUGUCCCUUCUAUGUGGUUUUGGACUUGGAAAUCAUUUCAGCAGUAGUGCUUGUCUGUGUAAAAUCUCAAGUUUGUUGUGAAAUCCCCCAUAUCAAAAUCAAAUGGAAACUCAACUUAGCAGUAUGUAAAUCAAAUCAUAAAGAGUCUAUCAUAAAUCAAACCAUGAAUAUCACAUGCAUACAUAAAUAUUUUGGUCAUAAAAUUUGAAGUCCAUGCUGUGUGCAUAUCCCUCAUCAGUCUAGGUGCUCCUGCAACAUCUUUGUAAGGCGCUGUAUAAUGUAAGGUAUUAUAUCGCUUUUCGUAAA